AUGAGGUACAUACUAUACCGGCAGACUACAGGCUACAUAGUAUACCGGCAGACUACUGGCUACAUAGUAUACCGGCAGACUACAGGCUACAUAGUAUACCGGCAGACUACAGGCUACAUGGUAUACCGGCAGACUACAGGCUACAUGGUAUACCGGCAGACUACGGGCUACAUGGUAUACCGGCAGACUACGGGCUACAUGGUAAACCGGCAGACUACGGGCUACAUACUAUACCGGCAGACUACAGGCUACAUACUAUACCGGCAGACUACAGGCUACAUAGUACACCGGCAGACUACAGGCUACAUAGUAUACCGGCAGACUACAGGCUACAUAGUAUACCGGCAGACUACAGGCUACAUAGUAUACCGGCAGACUACAGGCUACAUAGUAUACCGGCAGACUACAGGCUACAUAGUAUACCGGCAGACUACAGGCUACAUAGUAUACCGGCAGACUACAGGCUACAUAGUAUACCGGCAGACUACAGGCUACAUGGUAUACCGGCAGACUACAUGGUAUACCGGCAGACUACAUACUAUACCGGCAGACUACGGGCUACAUACUAUACCGGCAGACUACAGGCUACAUACUAUACCGGCAGACUACAGGCUACAUGGUAUACCGGCAGACUACAUGGUAUACCGGCAGACUACAUACUAUACCGGCAGACUACAGGCUACAUGGUAUACCGGCAGACUACAUGGUAUACCGGCAGACUACAUGGUAUACCGGCAGACUACAUACUAUACCGGCAGACUACGGGCUACAUACUAUACCGGCAGACUACAUGGUAUACCGGCAGACUACAUACUAUACCGGCAGACUACGGGCUACAUACUAUACCGGCAGACUACAGGCUACAUACUAUACCGGCAGACUACAUAGUAUACCGGCAGACUACAGGCUACAUAGUAUACCGGCAGACUACAGGCUACAUAGUAUACCGGCAGACUACAGGCUACAUAGUAUACCGGCAGACUACAGGCUACAUAGUAUACCGGCAGACUACAGGCUACAUAGUAUACCGGCAGACUACAGGCUACAUACUAUACCGGCAGACUACAGGCUACAGAGUAUACCGGCAGACUACAGGCUACAUAGUAUACCGGCAGACUACAGGCUACAUA